AUGGGACUAGGGGCUGUAGUGUAUCGGUUUAUCGCAGGAUGGGUACAGGUCUUCAAGGUCGUGGCGCCGGAUGGGGAGAACAUGUCGCCGGGGUCGGGCGUAGAUGAUGAUGAUAAAAUUAGUGAAGAAAUGGAAGAUGACGAUGAUGAAGACGACGAUAUGGAGGGUUCAGAAUUACUAUCAACAGAUUUGGUAGAGCAACCCUACGAGAUGGGGAGGUUCUUGGAUAUACGACAAGACAUUAUGUAUCUACCAGAGUGGCAAGAUGUGUUACUGCAGGCUAGUAUGAAUAAGCGUUUGCAGCAGUUUAACGAUCUUACUAGGAUAGCAUUCAAGCACGGCGAGAGCGAUGUUAGAACGGUUCAUGGAGGGGUAUUGUUCUUGGGUAGAAAUGUGGAUGACCCGCAGUUCAUAUUCCGGAAUCCUAAGCAAGAGCUCAGCCAGAGACCUAACGUUCCUAAGUUCACUCAAGCGGUUAGAAAUGCUGUUGCUAGUAACGCGAUGAAGGAGGUGCGGUAUCUGAAAGCGUAUUGUCCCAAGGCGUGUGUGGCGAGUUGGAACACAUUCGAAGGCGUUAUACAGGAUUUCGUAUGCAAGCACCCGACUGCCUCUCAGGUCACCGUUCGGGAUAUAGACCCUGAAGUGGCUCGAGAUGCAUCGCUGAUUAUAAUGGCAUUGAGAGAUACGGACGCUCAUGAGGAUAAUAUGAUGAGGGAUAAACUAGGGAGGAUUGCACUAUUCGAUCUGGGCUGUGCCUUGGCUGACCGCCCUUUGCCGCGGGACGAUAUGACUCAGGA